UGCUGUCCGUAUCCAAGUAGCAGGAUCGAUUCUAUUUUUUUUCUUAUUGUUGGAUUGAACACGUCCCUCAUCAUACAUACUUUCUGAAAUGCAAUAGAAAAAAGAAAAAGAAAAAAUGCACAUGCAAAUUAUUGGAUUUUUUAUUUUUGGAAAAUUAAAAAUUAAAUUGUUUUCAUUUCACCAGCCUCUCCACUUAUUGUUGUCUUGGUCCACAGGCAAAAUAGAUUGGUGGCCUCUACAUAUGGACUUUUGUAAAUUAAUUAAUUUUUUUUUAAAAAAAAAUAAAAUAAAACAAAAAAGAGUGGGUUUCUAUGUGAAACUCCUUUUCUGGACCAUUUCCUUCUUUCAAAGUGUUUUCCCAAGUGAAGCCAGCAUAAUUGCAUUUGUCACAUAGACUUCAAACUACAUGCCUAGGUCCUAUCAAAUGUUUGUAUUUGUCGUUGAUGGGUAAGUGGUAGUUUUACUAUCUAUUGACAACUGAAGAAAAUGUGAAAGUCAGAGUGACUUUGCAAACUGCAAGAAAGAUUUCACGUAACUCUUAGAUCUGUUUUUCAAUCCAAACACUUUUUUUCCCCUUCAAGUGGAUAAAGAUUAAAUUACACUUCUCUUUACAAAGUUUAAACUUUUAAAAGACAGAUUAAAAUUUUACCACAUUUUCGGUGCAUUACAAGAAAUUUUUCCAAAAUAAUUUCUUUCUUAAUGUGAAUUCAAGGUUGGGGAAACACAGUUGAAUCUAAUCAUCUUCCCAAACACAAAAAUUUUAGUCUUCUAAAAUAGCCAAAAACUAAAAUACCCUACUCAAAUAACAACUUCCCAAACACCCACAUAGAGGAACAUAUUGAUUUUGUUGCCAUUGCUGCAAGGUAUCAGCAAGUUAUUGAAUUGUGUCGAGUGCUCGGUCUCAGUGAUAGGAUUUCUGUUGAAUGUGAGGAUGCGAAUCUUUUCACAAGUGAUUGCAUGGUGGCGGUGGUGGGACUGUUGGUUUCAUCGGAGGUGGGUUAACAACAUUGGUUGACAUGCCUCUUAAUAGUUUUCCAUCCACAGUUGCCAAAGAAGCUUUUGAACUUAAGAUUCUGUUUUUCUGCAGAAGAAUUGUAUCAACUACAGGCAGUGAUGGAUUCUUUUUGACGUGAUUAAUCUCCCACCAAAAACAACUCAUAUCCUGCCAAAAUAAGAAAGAAAAAAUCCUACCAAAAGAGCUCGUAUCAUUUACUCAACUCCAUUCAUAAUGAUGAUAUUGGUUACAAUUUACAAAAAUAAAUUAUUAUGUUGCUGCCCUUUAUGGAGAGAGAGAGACAGAGAGCAGAGAGCAGCGGCACAUUUUGAGGAUCCAAUCUGGUUUCUAUAAGCGAAACCUCCUGACAACCCAUAUUGGAAGGUGUUUGCAUCACAAAUAACUAAUCAAAGUGCUAGCUCUUUUAGUACGAUCAACGCCGGUGUUCUUGGUUUAUAGUCCUUUAUGUGUCCUUUGGGGAUCAAUGACUUUCCCAUGACAAAUGCUGACCAUAUUAAGGAAGGAUUGUCCAUACUGGCAAAGUAUAGAAGACUUUUACUUGUACAUGCAGAGAUUCAACAAGAACUUGAAGAUAUUGCAGAUGACCCUCAAUCCUAUUCAACAUAUCUCAAGACUAGGCUUGCUUCGUUUUAAAAUAUUGCUCAAGUUCCUUUCCUGAAAAGAAGCAAAGAGUGGUGAUAACAAUGGUGAUAGCACAACUAUUGGAUUUGGAGCAUUACCACAUCAAAAGUUGUUGCACAGGUCAUCAAGAUGGUGGUUACAGAUGCUGGCCACCAGGUCGUGGGCUCGUUUCUCUCGGAAAGUUUACAACAGCAAUUUAGCAAGCAUCUAGCAUCGGUCAUGAGGAUUGUUAACGUUACGCAGGCAUCUACGCAUGGCUAUCAGUUCAUCAUUCUGCCCCUUCUGAAGUCAUUCAUGCGGGAACUAUUUGAGGUUUUGGUCGACAGAGACACAAAGAAGGCAGAUGCUGCAAGAGAAGCACUUUUAUCAGAGAUUGAACUGGAAGCCAAGAAGAAGAAAAAUUUUGAGUCCAAGAAAAAGAAUAAAAAUCGGAGAAAAAAUAAGGAUCCAAAGGUUACUCAAGGUGAUGACCUGUAUGUGCCGCAAGAGGAAACUGAAGAACAAGUUCACUUUCCUGUUAGCUACAAUGGUGAUUAUCCUAGUUCUGUGAUUGUUGUUGCUGCAAGAGCUGAUGAAUUGGGGCUACAGGAAGAGGAACUUAAGCAUGAAAUUGGGCAUGAUGUGGAGGAAAGAAAGCUCGAAGAGAAGUUGGAGUAUCAAAGGCAGAUUGCGGAAGAGGAUAAGCGUACAAGUCUAGCCAAGCAAAAUAAGCAUGCAGUUGCAUCCAUUGCAGAGGAGGUGGAAGAAAUGGAUGUUGCUUGCUCCACUGAUUUAGGGCCAGGACUGAGAAAUGUUGGUGAAAACAAUUGCUUUAUAAAUGUGAUUGUACAGGCUUUCUGGCAUUUAAGAACAUUUAGAGGCAAGUUUUUGAGAAGAUCAACACCUGCUCAUGCUCAUAUCAAAGAUCCCUGUAUUGUUUGCGAAUUACAUGGUAUUUUCACUGCCCUAAGAGAAGCUGAGGAAGGAGAUGAUGCUGUUUCUCCUACCACUUUAAGAAUUGCUCAGAGCAAAUGGCAAGAUGGUAAUUUCCAGGGAGUAGACAAUUUUGAUGGUCUUGUCAUCAUAUUUUCACCCUUCUUCAAAGUUAUAAAUUUAGACGUCACUUCUGUUUCCUAUGCAACUUCGGUUGCUGAUGUGCUUGAUUUUACAGGGACAAAAGAAUGAUGCUUCUGAAGCUAUUUUGGAUGUUCUUCAUUGGUCAUUUACUUUUGGUUCUGAUACUAAAAUUACCCGGAAGCAGUUACGUAGACUCGGAAUUGUGAUAGUGAUGCUUGUAUAGCACAUACAGUUUUUGUAAUGAACAUAAUUGAAAAAUUGAACUGUAA